UUGCAGUUUCCCGCCCGCUCGCACAUAGGUGCGAAAUUUGCCCAGCUACUUCGCGCGCUCCCUUCCCGCAUCCGUCUCUCUUCUCCAGCAAUUAUACUAUCCACAGUAGGCAGUAGCCGAAGUUCCUACCCUCCCCUUCGCCUCCAUCUCUCUUCUCCUCACGAUUCACGAACGCCAGAGCUCCUUCCCCACUCCGGCGUUGCCAAGAAGCCAGCUUCCUGGCCCCGUCUCCCUCCGCUCGCCAGCAGCCUUUCGCUGUCAUCCAAGGUCCGCACCUCCAGCUUUUCACGCCCGCCCGCCGCCGCGCCGGGCGCCGGCUCUUUCUGGUACGUAUUUUGAUAAUCUGCGGGCUAUAGUAGAUCUAUAUUUAUCCUUUUUUGUUGGAAAAGGAUCUUUGUUUAUCUUGGCAUUCCCCUAACGAAAGUUGCGGAUCUGUCAGUUGAUCUAGUUGAAUGAGCCGUGGCUAGGACUGAUUCCGUUGUUUCUGUUGCUAUUGUUUUUUUUUGGGGUGGGGGGGGGGGGUGGCGGAGGCCGUUGGCGGCACUGUACACUGGGGAUUCCGCGAAGAAAUGCUCCUCUCGGGCAGAAGUGUUCGUUCCAGGGCUUCAGUAUUUUUUUAGGAAACUGGAGAGGCCGAAGCCCCUACAGUUGUUUCAGGGUCAGGGCUUCAGUGUUGCCAUCCAGUUUCUCAAGGUGGAUGCCACUGGGGGUUUCUUGACGAGUACAGGGAUGCGACUACUGUUUAUAAUCCCUGAAGAGGAAAUAUUUUUCGAUCUGUACCAUUGCUUUCCAAAGCCACAAUGCCUGCUUCUGCUUGCACACAUCUUGAUUCUGGUUGUACUAGGAAAUAUACAAGGUUCAAGAAUAUUCACGCAGUUUAUGAUGAAGAUUAUGACAGGGAUCCUAAGAGGAUCAAAACUGAAAUCAUUGAUUCGGAACUAAGUGUUGGUUCUGUCAGUGACAAGGAUAGUGAACAAGAUUGUGAUGAUGUAUUUCUCAAGGAUCUCAGGACUCAGUGUAAAGCAAAGAAUUGGAAGACUUCAAAAAUCACAUCGGAAGGAUGUGGCAUUAAGAAUCAGGCUAAAACAGAAGAUGACAUUGAUCUUGAUAAGCCUCUUAUUGCAUUGAAACAAAAGAGUCCAAAAACAUCUCUUGCUAAGGAUAAUGUAAAGAUGAAUGCACUAAGAUCUUCUCCAUGUGCUACGAAAGAGGAAGAUACAACAUCACAUAGAGACAAGAUUCUUAGUUCUUCCCUGAUCAAAGCAACAAUGCAAGACCCAGUAUUAGAGAAGCUUGGAAGGAAAUUUGCAGAACUGGAGCAGUCUAAAGUUGUUAUUGAUUGUACUGAAAUCGUUGGUGAUCAAAUUUGUUGUGUUGAAGUGAACAAUACAGCUGGAGCUCUAGCGAGCUGUGCAAAACCUGAUGUACUUUGUGAAAUAAAAGCUGAAGAUACAAAUUAUUCUGAAUUUGGAACUUCUAUCUGUUCCAUAAAGAAUCCUGAGCAUUCAUCCUUUAAGCUGCAACAGAAGCUGGUAGCGGGUGAUGACUGUGUGCCUCAAUAUUGUUUCAUGACUCGACCAGCUCAAUUAGCCGAUGUUUCUGAUCAUCCCUGCGAACAAACCUGCAGUAUCAACAAUUUUGAUGACAUUACAGCUGCAAAAGCAAUUGAGGUUUCUUCGUUAGGUCUCACUGAUGAAACGAGCAAUCAUCAGAAAACAUCUGAAAAUCUAACUGACUCAGAUGUGUGUAAGUCCUCUACCGCAAAUGGGUUUAUAGCUUGUUCUUUCAAUCAGUCCUGCCAUGAUCUUGUGGAUAGCGAUGAACAUUGGAAUUUAUUUGUUCAUCGGAAUGAGCCUGUGAAGCUUUUGGAAGAGUUGUCUUCUGUUGAUGAAUCAUGCGCAGAUACUCAAUCUGAUUUAUGUGGAAGCACAAAAAUGAAUUGCACUUCCCUUGAGGGGGUUGUGCAGAUGCAGGCUGAGGGCCAAUUGGAUUCAAUAGUCUGCUGUGGUGUAAGGCCAAAGCAUAUGUUACUAGAUAUGGAAAUUAGACAUACAGAAACUGGUGUAUUCACCUUUGAUAAGACUAUUGACUUGGCUCAUCCUGCCAAUUUUGUUGCACAAGAUGGAAGGCUAGAAAGUAUAGUAUACGAUGUUUUGAAUAAUCAUGCACAAAGGACAGCCUCUAAAAACGAAUCUUCUGUUGGACUCCCAGAAACUGCUGUGAGUCAGAGCUCACUUAUUGACUUCACUGACAAUUGUGUUGAAGACAAAAGGGCUUCAGUUGAUAAAAUUUUACCUCCCAAUAAUCUAGACUGGCCAUUGAAGGAUAAGUUAAAUUCUACAACAGACUAUGACAUUUGUAGGCCUAUUAAUGAUGAUGAAGGAUCAGAAGAAGAAUUAGUGCCUCAACAUCAGUUAUACCAGUCGUGUAGUGAUAAAUUCAACCUUAGCAGUGCCAUGCCAGAGAUUUCUAAUGCUGAAGAUUCACAAAAAAUAUCUGCCGGAGCUCAAAAUUCUUCUGCUACCUUUUUGGAAACUGAUGGGCGAAUUAAAAAGCCAAAUUUUUUUGUGGAUGAAGAACCAAUUGAAGAAAACACUCCAAAAGUAUUACUGUCCAAGAGAAAGAUUAUGUCACCGAUGUCUCAGGAGAAGCUUUGCAGUGCUCUGACUGGCAUUGAUUUGUGUGAUGGAGUUCAAAGAUUUAAGAGCAAAAUCAUUAUUGAAGAUCAUGAUAAAACUACAAUAUCAUUGCCUCAACCAGCACACAUGCAAGACAGAUCAAUGUUGUCCACAGACAGGAGACUUAAGAGCAGGACUUUUGUCUCCCCUACAAGCAAAGGAGUUCUGAAGUCAACAGGAUCCCCACCCCAUCAACAUACAACUUGCUCUUGCACGAGAAGUUCACCAGUGGUCUUAGACACCGAGAAAGCUGUUGAAUUUUCACAAAGACAGAUGCAUGAUAUAGAAAAUAUAGCUGCUAAGCUUAUCAGGAGCUUGAAGCACAUGAAAAGUAUAGUGGAUGAAAGUUUGUCAACAGAAGCAUAUUCAUUACUUCCUAAUUUUAACAUUGCUGAGAUCAGAGCAGCCUCUGAGGAUGCAUUAGAAGUGGAGAGGACUACGAGGAAAUGGCUGUCGAUAAUGAACAAAGACUGCAGUCGCUUUUGUAAAAUAUUGAGCCUAGCAAAGAAGAACGAUGUUUCUCAUCCUGAAGCACCAAGGAAACAAAGAAAAAUAACGUUUGCAGAUGAAGCUGGAGGAAUGCUCUGCCAUGUUAAGGUUUUCAAGGAUGGACAAGCCUCUCUUCUUUCUGAAUGCCAGAGUGAUUUAUAGACAUACUAAACUGGUUAUCAUCAUGAGAUUUGAUCAGAAAAGCAACAUUCUUGAGUGUUGGCAAUAUCAAAAAAGCUGCUCACUUGAACCAAAAUAAUGAGAAUGCUUCCAUUCACCUUAGAAACAGAUGGAGAAGCUAGUGCAUCUUGAAUGCACAGUAUGUGUUUUACUGUAAAUUGAUUGAUGACAAUCUUGUGGCAACUCAGUUAUUAUCCUUGUUUUUUAAACAUAUUUAGUGUAAAAACAAUUAGAGUGCUUACAUGCUAACAACAAUUUUUGUACAUUGGAUGCAAUUUAUUUUUAGACUAUUUUCUAAAGAACCCCUAUGUUUUUAUAGAAUAGGAUGUGUUGUCUUUAGGUGCGAUCUAAUAAACAAGAUUUGAUA